AUGCAAACAAUUAAGUGUGUUGUUGUUGGUGAUGGUGCUGUUGGUAAAACAUGUCUUUUAAUAUCAUACACCACAAAUAAAUUUCCCGCAGAUUAUGUUCCUACGGUGUUCGAUAACUAUGCUGUCACCGUGAUGAUUGGUGAUGAACCAUAUACAUUUGGUCUUUUCGAUACAGCUGGUCAAGAAGAUUAUGAUCGUUUACGUCCAUUAAGUUAUCCUUCAACAGAUGUAUUUUUAGUUUGUUUUUCAAUCACUUCACCUGCAUCUUUUGAGAAUGUUAGAGAAAAAUGGUUCCCAGAAAUCCAUCAUCACGCUCCAGGUGUUCCUGCAAUUAUAGUUGGUACUCAAGUAGAUCUUAGAGAUGAUCAAAUUAUAAUUGAAAGAUUAAGAAGACAAGGUGCUGCACCAAUCAAACCUGAAGAAGGUGAAAAAUUGGCCAAACAAUUAGGUGCUGUGAAAUAUGUUGAAUGUUCCGCUUUAACUCAAAGAGGUUUAAAGAAUGUAUUUGAUGAAGCUAUUGUCGCUGCACUAGAACCAGAGUCUGUAGCUCCAAAAAGAAAGAAGAAAUGUGUCAUUUUAUAA